AACUGCAACACAUUUAUGGUGAUUGUCACCCAGAGAUCUAUGCGUAAAUUUGUAUUAUCUGAAACUUUUGAUUACUUGUGUUACAGAGUUGCCUCAAGUGAAGCUGUCAAUUACAGAACCCUUUCACUAAAGGAUUUAGUCAAGUCUGUUAUGGCUGAGGGUGGCUGGUCGGACUUGCUGUGCUCAGGAAAAGAAGGUGGACAGCAUCUGGAUCUUGCACUUGUUUUUGUUGGGAAAGAGUUGCAAUCUGUGGAUAUUUCUAGACCCAAAAAUGCCAAUUCGGGGCUUGUGGACUUGCUGAAGGCCUCUGUUGCAAAGUCCAAUUUUUCUUUGGCAUUCCCCUACAUUGAUGCAUCAGAGGAGAGAGAAUCAGUGGAAAGCUCCUUGAUUUCAGAAUUUACAAACACGUGUGGGCAUGGUCUUGAGGCCAGCAACAUUGCUUUCUCGCAAUCGUGCUCUGUAGAGGGUGGAAAUUUUGAGAAACUCACUGAUAUCCACUCAGUUCAGAACUAUCUGCUAUCAAGGAUCACUAAGCAAUCCAAGGGGCAGCCAAAUUUGAUUGUUCUCUGCGAUCAAGGUCACCGUACUCUGCGAGGAGCUGAAGAACAAACCUCUGAAGGACAAGUUUUAUCUCAACUACUCAGUUAUGUGGAGAAUCUGGGAGCCAAAUACACUGCACUCUAUGUGUCAGAUCCUUUUAGGUCAAUUCAGUUCCCCUCUCAUAGGGAAGUAGAAAGGUUUCUUGCUGAAGGUACUGGAAAUAAAUCAGUCGAUGGCUGUGAUGGAGUUUGCCGAAUUAAAUCCUCAUUUUUGGAGGGCAUAUUUGUGGCAAUUGUCUUGCUUAUAAUUUUGAUAUCUGGCCUUUGCUGCAUGAUGGGAAUUGAUACUCCCACAAGGUUUGAGGCCCCUACAGAUUAAAGCUUGUGCAAGAUAAAUUCAUAUUCUGAGUUGCUUUGAUUGCAGUAAUGUGAAUGUAUCUUUAUGGUAUGCAUAAGCCUGUAAUUUUUGUUUAUUUGUCAUACAACACUCGCUUGUAUCAGCAGUAUAGAGAGUGUUACAUUCUAAUAAUGUUAUGGCCAUUCUUGAUUUUUUUUUGGUUAUAUAUUCUUCUGCACGUACUGAGUUUCGGUUA